UUUUAUCACAAUGUAAAUAUAAUAGUGAUUUAUUACCGUGUGGGAUAUUUUUGUUUAAAUUCCACAAGUGGUUAGAGCUAGAAUUCUACCCUGUCAUAUAUACAUAUAUCACAAAUUUGUUUGGAUUUCGGGUGUAGGGGACAAACCUUAUUUUUCAGGUAUGAAUUGUGAGUUGAUGGAUUUAUAACUAAUUUUGCCAUUGGAUCAUCAUUUAAAUGUUACAUAGGAUUCGUGUAUAAAAGUCAGAAACAAAACACAAGAUUAUUUGAAUUAUCAGAAAGCUAUUAACAUGGCACCUUCGAAGAUCACAGAAAAUGAAAUUAAGAAUCCAGGAUUUUACGUUGGAAUAGCCGGAGAAUUCAUUGGUACAUUUGUUCUACUGGCAGUCCAAUGUGCCAUUGUAAUUAGAUGGGACAAUAUCGACGAUGGCUUAGCACGCACCCAGGGGGAGAGUGGUACACCUGUCCACAUAGCACUCGGUAUGGGGUUCACGCUUGGCCUACUGGUUGAAGCGUUGGGUCCUGUCAGUGGGGCCCAUGUCAACCCUGCCGUUACUAUAGCCAUGCUGAUUGCACAAAAAAUAUCUCUCAUGAGGGCUAUUCCUUACAUAGCAGUACAGAUAGCUGGCGCUCUAGCAGGGGCUGGCUUCAUAUAUGGCGUAACGCCUGCUUCAAGACGCGGUAACCUCGCUGUGACAGCCCCUGGGCCAGAAGUGACCGACACCCAGGCCGUACUCUUGGAGAUGUUCUUUACAGCUGUCUUGAUAUUAAGCAUACUGGGUGCUACUGAUGAACGCUUAAAGCCAAGAUACGUUCCAUCCGUACCUAUAGGCACGACUCUUACCGCCUUAGUAUUGAUGGGGGUAAAAUCUACCGGUGCUAGCCUUAAUCCCGCGCGAUCUCUUGGACCCGCUGUUAUUAUGCGACUUUGGAGGUCACAUUGGGUUUACUGGGUGGGGCCUAUAGCCGGGGCUAUCAUCUCAUCUAUUCUAUACAGAUAUGGUUUCGCCUACAUAUUAUACCAAGACUUGGACCACAAAGAAGCAGAGGCAAAACGGCUACUUCGGCAAGGAGGGAAAUAUGAAGAAUUACAGGUGAACAACGGAACUACGAUUGUGUACGACAACAUUGCUUACAUCACUGACUCUAAUGACAAGAAAGACUCAAAAUAUUAUAAAGACAAAUUUUGAGUUUUUGUUGAGGUUUGGCACGUGGAUAUGUAUAGUGUAUUAUAUAGCUCAUACUGUGAUUGUUUAAUUAUACUUGUUCGAUAUGUAACGCAUAUGUAACUGUUUAAUAAAUGAAAUUCACCAUGUUAUUGUACUGAUGAUACAUGUAUUCAAUAUCGGUUUAUGUUUGAAAACAAAUAUUACAUCAGACCUGUAUGUAAUUAACAUCAUAUAAAUAGAAUAAAAUAUUAUUUAUAAAAUAUCUCCGCAAAAUAGAAACAAAUUGUUCAGUUGAUUACAAUUUUGAAUGAA